UCCGAGGCCGGUUGUCGCUCUUGGCCCUAGUAAGAGGGGCUUCACGCCUCCUGAGCGGAGGGCCAUGUUGCCAUGGACACCCUCUCCCUGGACUCGUGAGUGCCGCUCUGGAGCUGCGGAGGGAGUGCUGUUCUCCGCUAUGGGGACGUUGUCCCAGGGCCUUCCUCUGAGUUGGGUGAAUUUUUGGUGUAUUUGAGCAGUGGCGACAGAUUGGGCUCAAAGAGCCCUCUAGCGCCAAAGUAAAAAUAAAGACCCGGAGGAGGAGGUACGGCCUGCUUUUGUUGAAGUUUGUAUUCAGCCCGGUCUUUGUGUCUGACUCCGAGUGAGAUGAUGCCCACGAAAGCGUCAGACUGCGACUAUGCCUUUUAACUCUGUAGCUGGAGCACAAGAAGUGUUUGUUUAAUGAAUGACCUGUCCAUUUAGGACCUAUUUAGACCCUGAGGAUAACCCCGUGAAUUCUGACAGUUCACUGGGUCUGGCCCUUGGGGUUGAUCUCAUUAUGCUGCGGCGAAAACCAACCCGCCUGGAGCUGAAGCUUGAUGACAUCGAGGAGUUUGAGAGCAUUCGAAAGGACCUGGAGAACCGUAAGAAACAAAAGGAAGAAGUGGAUGUCGUAGGAAUCAGUGAUGGAGAAGGUGCCAUUGGGCUCAGCAGUGACCCCAAGAACCGGGAACAAAUGAUUAAUGAUCGAAUUGGUUAUAAACCCCAACCCAAGCCUAACAAUCGUUCAUCUCAAUUUGGAAGUUUUGAAUUUUAGAGGCAGAUUAUCUUGCAUGCCAGAGCCCUGGAAUGGAGUAAAAUGAUGGCAGAAGUACAAAUAAGGUUUAGAGAAGUGAGUGCUUGAAGUCAAGCAGAAUGUUUUACUCCUGCAGAGAAAUACUUCUGCAUGAGAUAACUAAUGCUUACCUUUCACUCUAAGUGGAAAUCCAAACUCUAGUUUAUCUCUGGAAAAUUUGACUCUAUAAAACUUGUCUGACUUUUGUUUUUAAAAAUAAAUCUAUUUUUGGAAAA